AUGGGAGCUCAGAUUCCACAGAGACUUAGUAUUGUACAAGAUGUUGCCAAACGACUUUACUCAUGGAAUUCACACAUAUCAACCUUACAUCAAGAUGAAGGGAAUGAUAAAUUCACCAUUUGCUGCAUCUCAGACACCCACAAUUCCAAACCAUCGCUGCCCGAUGGUGAUGUCCUCCUCCACGCAGGUGACCUCAGUCAAUAUGGAACCUUCGACGAAAUUCAAGCUCAAAUUAAAUGGCUCGAUUUGCAGCCUCACAAGCAUAAAAUUGUGAUUGCUGGGAACCAUGACCUUAUUCUCGAUCAGUCCUUCGUCAACACUCAUCCUUACCGAGAAAUCGGCAAACCAGGCAAAACCCGCCAGGAUCUUCAGUGGGGAAGUGUCAUAUACCUAGAAGACAGCUCUUAUACUAUUAGAAGUGACGAUGGCCAUAGAAAGCUGAGAGUGUACGGAAGUCCACAAACACCGAAGUAUGGCAAUUUCGCAUUUCAAUACGACCCAAUAAAGAGUAUCUGGAAUCACAGGAUACCUGACGACAUUGAUAUUCUACUUUCACACGGUCCACCCGCUGCACAUCUUGACGAGGGCGGAAAAGGAUGCAAAUCGUUAUUGCAAGAGAUAUGGAGGGUGAAGCCGAAGUUGGUUGUUUUUGGGCAUAUACAUGGUGGACGAGGCCAUGAAGUCAUACCUCUCAAUUCUUUUCAAGCUGCCUACGAGGAUAUUACUGUAAGGAAUCACUCGUGGGUUGCUCUUAUCAAGUUUAUCAUUAUUUGGGCGUGGCAGAUCUUGACGCAGUUGUUUGUUCGACCAAAGCAUUCGCAUGGGAUGCAUCUGGUGAAUGCGGCGGUCAUGGGGAGAAGAGACUCUUCGGAGAAGAAUGAUUCUAUCGUGAUUCAUCUAUGA